GUCAUUGAAAUAUGUCUUAUACUUAACUGAUUUUCACAAUCCUGUUUUCAUUCUUUCAAUAUGGAUAUAACAAUCUUGCUGGUUUUCCUUUUAACAAACUUUGGCACUCAAGAGGCUGAAGAAGUAGAGCCGGUUAUAUUGCACCGCCAGAAGAGAAUGUGGGUUCUAGGUACUAUUACUAUUGUGGAAGAAGAUGAAGGACCUUUUCCUAAAUGUGCUGUGCGAAUCAAUAAUGACAAGACAAUUGUGGAGAAAGUUAUAUUCAGACUGAGUGGCAGUGGAGUUGACAAACCACCGGAGAUGGGCUUAUUCCACUUAAACAAAAGCAUGGGAUCAAUAAUGAUUACUCGCAAAGUUGACCGUGAAAAAACACCACUAUUUGAACUGACUGUUGAUGCUUUGAAUGCUGAAACCUUAAUGAAAGUAGAUCAAACCUUGAAGUACAGGAUUAAAGUGAACGAUAUCAAUGACAAUGCACCAAUCUUCAGUCGUUCAGUAUAUGAAGUAAAUGUACCUGAAAAUACUGUCGAAGGCAAAGAAAUUUUCAGGGUUAUUGCCACAGAUGCGGAUGAGAAAGACCAUGACAACUCAUUUAUAUCGUACUCAAUGAUUUCUCAGAAACCCUCAAGAGAUCUCAGUCAUUUUUACAUCAAUAAUACAAAUGGAGCAAUAAGUUUUAUGGGAUGCCUAAAUUAUGAGAAGGUCAAAUCUUACACUCUGACUGUUAAAGCAAGAGACAAUGGUGUGAACAUCCUCAGCAGCACUGCAAUAGUGCAGAUUAAUGUCAUUGAUGCUAAUAACCAUCUCCCUGCUUUUAUCAAAACUGGCAAAUUUUCAGGUGAAGUAGAUGAAAAUGAUGAACAAGUCGAUAUACUUAGAGUAAGCGUCACUGACAAGGAUGUUCCCAAUACACCAGCCUGGAGAGCAAGAUAUAAAAUAGUAGAAGGGAAUGAACAUGGGAACUACAAAAUAGAAACUGAUCCCGAAACAAAUGAUGGAAUUCUGUCUCUUGUUAAGCAUUUGAAUUAUGAAGGGGGUUCAAAGAGACAGCUGAAAAUCCUUGUUGAAAAUGAAGAACCAUUUUCUACUUGUAAAGAAAUGACUGACGAACAGAAAGCUGAGGCACUGGACAGUGCAUAUGUUGUUAUCAAUGUUCGUGAUACAAAUGAUGCACCUGUGAUUGACCCUUCAGAAGUAACUGUUCAUCUUUUAGAAGGUCAAAAGGCAAAUGUCAUAUUGGUGAAAUUUAAUGCUACUGAUCCUGAUAAAUACAACUUAAAUAAAAUCAGGUUUGUCAAGGCAUAUGAUCCAGAAGGUUUUGUUACAGUAAACGAGGAAACAGGUGUUGUGACAACAGUCCAUGAAUUAGAUCGUGAAUCUCCUUAUGUGAAAGAAAGCAUUUAUAAAGUUAUUGUUCAUGCCAUUGAUGACGGGAUACCGCCUCAAACAGGAAGUGGUUCUUUAAAUAUUGUGUUGACUGAUAUUAACGACAGUGGGUCAUAUUUGAUUUCUACAUAUGAAGAAAUGUGUGAUGAUGGAGGUAUUCAGCACGUCACUCUGACAGCAAAAGAUGAUGAUAUGGCUCCAUUUGGUGGCCCGUUUCACUUUGAACUUCUAGACAAUGAACAAAAUAUAAAUGAAAAGUGGAAAUUAGAGCAAAAAAGUGGUUAUUCCAUUAAACUUGAAAGAAUGAAGAAAAUUCCUAUUGGAAACUAUACCAUACCCUUGCUAAUUAGAGAUAGACAAGGUGUAGUGACAAAGAACACAUUACAUCUAUGGAUUUGCAAUUGUCAAGAUGGAAAUACCUGCCCUCCGUCUAGUCCACCUCUAGCUGCCUUAUCUGCAUCUGCUAUUGGUCUUCUCUUUGGAGCAUUAUUGCUGAUAUUGUUUGGCUCUUGUCUGAUUUUAUUUAUGACACAGCAACAUUUUCAGAUUUUACCUCCUGAGAAUUCCAAAGGAACACUGAUAAUGUACAACCAAGAAAGGCCUUGUAUAGAAAUGAAAGAUAUUCCAGAGAAAGUGUCUAUUGUAAAACAAUCAACUUGGGGCAGUGAAGCAAUUGGUUCCUUCAAUAACUUAAAUCUUGAUAACCAGUUCAGGGGUGGCUUAAAUCGUUGUGAUACUUUUAAGGCAAGGUUUGAAGAGCUCCUGCAUCUGAAACUGAACAAUUACAGUGCCAAGGAAGAUACACAAGGACACUAUCAGCCUCGUGUUUAUCAGUAUGAAGGUGGAGAAAGCAUAGCAUCAUCUCUUGAUUCCAUUGCUAUGGCUGAAAGUGAUGCUGGAUUCUGCUACCUGGAUAACUUGGAAAAUUGUUUCAUUCCACUGGCCAAAAUUUGUCAACAAAAAGAUUUAAAAUAAAUUACUGUUAAUCUUUCCCAAAUUAAAUUUCAUUCAACUGCAGCAAAUAUCACCUUACUUCAUAUCACCGUAAACAUCUGUUAAAAUUUUGAAACAUGAAGUCUAGAUAUGUCACCCGUUUAGCUAUUUUUUUAAAGUUAUUAUUCUUUACUGAUAUCAUAAAUGACAAAAAAAUCCAUGGCUUAUUUUUAUUGGAGUACAAAUUAAAUAUUAGUUAAAAUAAGGACAUAUUGCUGAAUUACUAACACAACCCAAAUAAAAUGAUUGCCAUUAGAUGUGAUUCCCUAGCACUUGCUAAACAAUCCUAAGUGUGCUAAUAGAUAUACUAACAACCGAUUUCAGUUCAUCAGUUGAGCUUGAAAUGUGGCUCUUUAUCGCUUGAUGGAAGUGAUGCAGAGACCCAUUCUCUGUAAAAAAAAAGGAACUUGUGCUUUUUCGAAAUAUCUAGAAACACGGAGAGUCUAUUAUUUAGUACUGCUUUCUUGAUGUCAAUGCCUUGGCCAAUCAGAGGUGGCAUACUACCCAACUGUUUGUCUCUUGUAUAAAUUGUGAUGACCAGAAAUUUCACAUUCUUACAUUUGUCCUGAUAAGUGCAUGACCAAAAGUUACUGCACCGCGUCUCUAUUUUUGUAAUAAUAAUCAAGGGAAUCCUAGAGGGAUAUGGUUCUUAAUGGCCUUUAUUAUUUUUAAUGUUUUAAAUACUUUUUAUGCAUUGAGUUUUGUUAGCUUUACUCCAUACUUUGAAAUUUUUUAUUAUUAACCAUUAAAGAAAACAACUUUUUUUGAAA